GUUCAAUGCUUUCUACUUAAUYGUUUGGUCAUAUUCUGCAGUAAUUUAUAUAAUCAUUUAUUCAAGCUCAUUUUAAGCCGGUUCUCUUUUAAUGGCUGUAAAUAUCAGCCUUUCUGCGAAUAUUAUUGAAGAUUUUAAAUGCUGCUAAAAAAAAAGCCAAAACUUAGCUGUAAACACUGAGCUACAUUAUGAUAUUCGCUAUGUCAACGCUUGAGCAACGCUUGCCUCUGUGGUUUGAAAGCGGCAGACCAAAAACUGUUGAGCAUCUCUGAAUAUUAGUUCGAUUUUUGAUUACUAUUACGCUGAGUUGUGCUUUCAUUGGCAUCGUUAUUAGUAGGCUUUCUACAAAAAAACUCACAUCGAAGUCUGUGGUUGCUUUGUUUGUCUCUGUGUGGAAGCGCGUUCAGUUAUAACUAAAAACCACAGGAAUCUCGCUCCCAUGUGAACCUAAUCUCAAUUUUGGAUAUACAAAAUAACUGAGCAGUAGUAUUUAGGCUUUUUUCUUUGAGGAUCAGUUCCGGAGCACGGCUUUUCUUUCUCGAUGAAAAUAUCUAAGAAUCAUGAAGGUGAUUGAAUCCAGUUUUUUUUUUUUUUUUGAGAACUUCUAGAGUGCUUUUCCGGCGGAACGGAAAAUAAGCGCCCCCUUUUUUUGGUUGUCGAAGUCUUCCUAUUCGAGCAUCUAAAAAAAAUCUUAUCAUUUAUUUAUAUCGUUGAUGCAAUUUUUUAGCUUCAAUAAUUGGUAAUGAUUUAUUACUUGAGGGAAAACAUUACGAAUCUACCUUGGACCUUAUUAAUCAUUGCAAUUUAUAAUGGCAUCGGACAUGAACCAAUUUAUGGGCGGACUCGAUUUUACGAGAACGGAAAAAUUGGCCGAUGCUUCUAACUUGCUUUCGAAAUUUUGGUUUCAACAAAACAUUUCAUAUAGCUCAAAUCUAUGCUGAUGUUUCAUCAUGGGCUUUCAGUCACGGAGAACACCUUCUUGUUUUUAUAAGCAAAUAUUUUGGGACCCCUACUGAACGUGUUCUGUAUACAAGAGAGCAAGCGCUACUCUCGCAAGCGUUUCUUUAUGCAAUUGAGAUAUUUAAAGGUGUAUUCGAGUCGACCUCCUGUGGGAUAUAUCUUCGCGAUGAACUUUGUUUACGGCCAAGAAUGAGUUAAUGUGAUUUUAUUUUUCAUUAGCUCGUGAGAGUGUGUUGAAAACACGCCAGGGGGUUGAUUUCAAAUUAACAAGGUUCCUCCUUGCACGGUAAGCGAACAGUUCAAAUACGAGAUGUUAUCGGAAUACCAUGGCCGGGUGAGAAUCAAACGUGAUAGAACUAGCACGUCUGAAGACGGAUACUACAAACUAAAUUCAUAAGUUUUCAUUCUUAAAUGUAAGUUAAGUGCAUAUUUCUGUAGUUAUUAUUUAGUAGUGUUCAUUCUAAGUACUUCCUCCUAUUCUAUAACUAUUGAUCCAAAUAUGAUCAACACUUCCAAUCGAAUCGUGUCUAUCAAUCUGUUCUCACUUCGUUUCUUUUACUAUCUCUUAAGUCUUUUAUAGGUUAACCAUGAAUGAUUGGCAAUGCCAGUAUCCUUUACCACACACAGCUAGCAUGGCCAGUAAUGUAAACCAUUGUUACACUGAUCCUACUCUCGAUUUCGGGCAGACUGUUCCACUGACUCACGCCCCGGUUCAAAUUCAUCAGACAAGUGGACAAUUCUCCAAUGGAAAUCAGUAUUUCUUUAACAACAAUCAAUCGAUCGGGUUGAGUCACACUCAAGUGGCGCCAAUUGUGAGCCAGACUUGUCCAACCAAUUACCUUAGAAACACAACUUCACAAAGUCAGAAAAAAGCAGCUCACUCCGAGAAGAAAAGAUGGCAAACUGCAGAUUUCAGAUGGAUGUUUACAAAGCGAAAAGGUCAUUCAUCGUCGGUCAAGGUUUCCCAGACUCAGAAGCCAGCACCCGAAAAAGAUGACAUUUCUUUAUCAAGUCAGAAGAAAAGGUUCACUUUCACUCAACAUCAACUCGUUGAACUGGAAAAAGAAUUUCACUUCAGUAAAUACUUGACAAGAACAAGAAGGAUAGAGAUAGCAACAAGCCUGAAACUAACUGAAGCACAAAUCAAAAUUUGGUUUCAAAACCGUAGGAUGAAAUGGAAGCGAGAGUUAAAGGAUUCUAUACAGAAGCCCAAUCCUUCGCCGCAUCAAACAAAUGCACGUAUGAACAGUUUUCACAGUCAUUCGUACGGCUAUGGACCAAGCAUGCAGCCAGUAAACUGCUCGGUAAACACAGCCCCAUUAAUGAGACCAUUCGUUAUGCCCUCUUGUUAUUCAAACAAUCCAAUGGGCUUUGGGUAGAAAAUAAUUUUAAAGCCUUCCUAUAUCGCUCUCGAUUUCGAAGUCUUUUUGCGAAAGGCACGUAUACUGGCGAAUUUUGAAGUAACUUUUGUGGCAACUUGUGCGACUGUUUCUGCUUCGCCAACUACAUUCCACAUCUAGAGUGUACAAUGACUUACUUAAAAGCUGCAUUAGUCAAAAGUUGCCUGUGUACGUACGUACGCACGAGUUUUUCUUUGUACGACUAAUUCUAACUGGAAAGUGUAGCCAAGGAAAUACUCAUACACUUUGCCAAGCAGCCUUAAAGAAAUCUCAAUUCUCGGGGUUCCUUUGUUUUAAAACGUUUGCUAAUUUUUCAAAGUCGUCGCUAUGAGGAGCAUUUCUUAU